CCAUGGUCUUUAAUGCAGCAGAACUUCUGGGUGGUUGUUUGCUGGCAUUAUCCUUUCCUUUUUUCACUCUGAGGGAAGCCUGUUCCCUCCUCCUUUUCUUUUCCUCCUACCCCUGCCUACUCUGGACAAGUGAUAUAUUCAUCAUUGCAUGCUCCCGCCUGGGAACCUCCCAGUGGGAAUUCCUUACACAGACUUUCAGUAGCAGUCUGCACUACAGACCAACUUUAAAUAACAGCACUACCUGUACGAGUCAGACGCACAUCCCAUAGAUCCUUGCACAAUGAAUCGACUCACUAGCUGCUGCCUUGGACUACUUCUGCUGCUAUCGGGAGCUUUCAGCCAGCAACCGCAAAGAAGACAUAAUUUUGCCUGUGGCGGAAAUGUAACCGGAGACUCGGGCUAUAUUGGCAGCGAAGGAUAUCCUGGAGUCUACCCUUCAAACAGCAAAUGUACUUGGAAAAUCACGGUUCCGGAAGGCAAGGUUGUUGUCCUCUUAUUCCGUGUACUGGACCUUGAAAGUGAUACCCUGUGCAGAUAUGAUUAUGUGGAUGUAUACAGUGGACACACAAAUGGCCAGCGACUUGGCAGAUUCUGUGGCACCUUUAGGCCUGGUGCCCUUAUCUCCAAUACCAAUAAGAUGUUAGUACAGAUGGUAUCAGAUGCCAACACUGCAGGAAAUGGCUUUAUUGCAUCUUUUUCAGCAGCAGACUCAAAUAACAGAGGAGAUCAAUACUGUGGGGGUCGGCUACAGAAACCUGAGGGGACUUUCAAAACUCCUAACUGGCCUGAUCGAGAUUAUCCUGCUGGAGUUACCUGUUCUUGGCACUUUGUUGCCCCAAAGAAUCAGGUAAUUGAGAUCAAGUUUGAGAAGUUUGAUGUGGAGAGAGACAACUACUGCAGAUAUGACUUUGUUGCUGUAUUUAAUGGUGGUGAAAUCAACGAUGCGAAAAGAAUUGGGAAAUUCUGUGGUGACAGUCCCCCAGAGCCCAUUGUUUCAGAGGGAAAUGAACUUCUCGUGCAGUUCUUCUCAGAUUUAAGUUUAACUGCUGAUGGGUUUAUUGGCCACUACAGAUUCAGGCCCAAGAAACUACCUACGACUGUCCCUCCAACCACUACUACACCUGCCACUACUGUCACAGCAAGUUCAAGACCAACAGUAGCUUUGUGUCAACAGAAAUGCAAACGAAGUGGGUCCCUUGUAAGCAGUUUCUGUUCGAGUGAUUUUGUGAUAAUAGGAACAGUCAUAACAACAGUGACAAGAGGAACCAGUUUACAUGCUACCGUAUCAAUCAUUAAUGUUUACAAAGAAGGAAAUUUAGCAAUCCAGCAAGCAGGCAAGAACAUGAGUACUAAGAUUAUUGUGGUCUGCAAAAAGUGCCCUGCCAUUCGACGGGGACUGAAUUAUAUCAUCAUGGGCCAAGUAGAUGAAGACCAUCAGGGCAAAGUCCUACCAAGCAGUUUUGUUAUGAAUUUUAAGACAAAAAAUCAGAAGAGCCUCCACAUCCUAAAAAACAAACAGUGCUGAAGUACACAAUUUAUGUAGUGUGACAAAUUAUCAUUACUCUGUUUGGGGUCAUUUAGUCCCUUCGUCUACAAUAUACGUACAUUUGGAUGCAGGAUUUCUGUCUGCACAGUUGCAAACAAAAUCAGCAUAAACUUAUUCUGUUUUAGAAUGUCUGCUGAAGUGAACAGCAAAGACCAAAGCAAUGGACUUCUUUGAAUGUGUAACUUUAUUUAUCAAUCUGUCUCAAAGAAUUCUAUAUUAAAUGUAAAAUAGUGAUGUGUAAUAUUUCUAUUUAAAAGUGCAAUAUUUAUAAUAAUAUUGGUGUUUUAUGACUGAAUUUAAAAUGGUGUUUUCCAUUGCAUAUUUUAUCUUUUAUCUGAAUAAAAAUGUAAGCAUUUCAUUAACAUAUCUGUUGUAAUUUCACACAUAAUUAGUCUGCAAAAGGUGAAAAGUCUCUGCAGGUCUAAAGCGUUUCAUUACCUUAUAUAGACAAUAAAGUGGAGGAAGUAUAUUAUGACAUCUUAAUGGCCAUCUGAAAGUCUGAAUGUUAAAUGCACAAAAGUUUUAUUGUGACAUUUGACCCUGAGGAGGAUGAGUUAAAUUCCCACAAUAACAAUUUUUAUAUAUGGUUAAUAAAUUGAUCUUACACUUUUUA